AUGGUCUCCUUUUACGAUCUCAAAGCCAAGAAGCCCAGCCAGGACGAGUACACGUUCGACCAGCUCAAGGGCAAGGUGGUCCUCGUCGUCAACACCGCCUCCAAGUGCGGCUACACUCCUCAGUUCGCCGAGCUCGAGGAGUUGAACAAGAAGUAUGGCGAGCAGGGGCUGCAGAUUCUCGGCUUCCCGUGCAACCAGUUUGCCGGCCAGGACCCAGAGGGUGACGAGAAGAUCGGCGAGUUCUGCCAACGUAACUACGGCGUGUCGUUCCCCAUGAUGGCCAAGUCGGAUGUCAACGGCAGCAACACCAACGAGGUCUUCCAGUUCCUCAAGGGCCAGAAGAAGGGCAUCCUCGGCACCGAAAUGAUCAAGUGGAACUUUACCAAGUUCCUCGUCGACAAGCAGGGCAACGUCAUCGAGCGAUACGGUUCCAACACCAAGCCCUCCGCCAUCGCUGCCACCAUCGAGAAGCUGCUUUCGCAGUAG